GGUUCAGGAAAAAAAUGAUUCUUUUUGUUUUGUUCUAAAAGGUUUAUUUUUGUGUAAUUUGGUUUCGUGUAGGCCAUUGUUUUGUGCAUAAACAAGUAAGGAUGGAGAAAAAUGAAGUGGGUAUUUACUGAAUUUUGUGUAAUUUUGGUUCACAUUGGAGCUUUAGUUUGUGCAUAAACUAGUUAAGGAUUAUAAAACUGAAGAGGAUAUCACUGGGUUCUGUGGAAAAAAGGGAGAGAAUUUUGGUUGAAAAAGCUUCAGUUUUUCGUUUGUAAUGGAAGAAGGGACGGGUAUAAACAUGGUUCUACCAAAUUUAGGGGGAUAAAUCUAAAGUUUUGGAUAUAAAACCGUUGCGUACUUUGGUUCCUCAGUUCCCGGCUGUGUCUAACGGUCCACCUUUCGUUUGUGCUCCUCUUAAUGGCCCACUUCCGUCGGGGUUUUCGCCGAUUUUCCCCUUUAGCAGACCACAAGGAUCCCAUUCAAUGCCUGGUCUUAAUCAAAACGAGUUCUAUCCUGCUGUGCCGAUUCGGUCAUUUAGAGCGGAACCACCGGCUUCUAAUGGCCAAAAUGUGCAUGAAUAUAAGUCAGCUGGGUCGAGUUCUGUUAAAAAGAAAGUGAAGAAAAGGAAAGUUUUUGAGUUUGCAUUCACUGUUGUUACUGAUUUCAAUCCUGGAAUUAGUUUAUCUAAGCGAGAUGACGGGACCAAGGAAUUGGUUGAAAAUGUGCUUUGGAGGUUUGAUGCACUUAGGAGAAAGCUUAGCCAAAUAUAAGACAGCGCCGAACCUCAUUCUGGGAUUAUUAAGCGUUCAGUGCUUAAAGCUAGCAACAUAAUGAUGAGCAAAGGGGUGCGGACUAACACGAGAAAGAGAAUCGGAUUUGUUCCUGGUGUUGAAAUCGGGGACAUUUUCUUCUUCCGAUUGGAGUUGUGCUUAGUGGGGUUGCAUGCUCAGUGCAUGGCUGGUAUUGACCCCAUGCCUAUGAAGGGUGAUUUAGAGGGAGAACGAGUGGCUGUAAGCAUCGUUUCAUCCGGAGGGUAUGAUGAUGAUGUCGAAGAUACCGAUGUUUUGGUAUAUACUGGUCAUGGUGGGAAUGCCAGUGGUGAUAAAGAAGCAUCCGAUCAGAAGCUUGUGAGGGGCAAUCUUGCUUUGGAAAAGAACUUACACCGAGCCAAUGAAGUAAGAGUCAUUCGAGGUUUUCAGGAUACCUCCCACCAAACGUCGAAGGUCUAUGUAUACGAUGGGCUUUACAAGAAAUGGAAAGGUCUUCCUUCAAGGGAUGGACUUAUACUUCCCGACCUCACUUCCGGUGCGGAAAGCAUACCCGUUUCACUUCCGAUCAUGUAUAAACAUAACCAUGAAGUUCUCUUCCAUAUUACUUUCUUUGCUAAGAGACAUAUCCCUCCGAUGACAGAGGUGACAUACGAUUACGGCAAUCCACAUUCGGAUGAGAGCGAAAGCAACGGAGCGGAUUAUGAAAAAAGAAAUGCUUAUGUGGAUCGCCGAAAUGCCAAGGCUAUUUUUAUUGAGGACAAGCAAUACUUUUGA